UCAUCAAUUUCCACACCACGUUGUUAUUUGCUCCUCAAUCAUGGGAAGUCGCGCGUCACCGCCGAGCUUCUUCAAAAUUCCGUUCCUCUUCGUCCUCUGGCUUCCGAGGCAUUCGGCCGACCCGGAUCAGCUGCAGGCUCCGAGCGUAAUCCGGGGAACGAACGGAGGAACCCUGACCGUGCCUUGUCGCUACGACGCCGAGUUCAGAGACAACACCAAGUACUGGUGUAGGGGGCCGAUAUACGAGCUGUGUAAGAUCGUAGUGAAAACACCAAAGCGGCGCACUCAUGACAGGUGGUCCAUCGCCGACGACAAGGAGGCAGGAGCCUUCAGCGUCACGAUGACCUUUCUCAGACAAAACGAUUCGGACAAGUAUUGGUGUGUCGUGGCCAGGCCCGGGAGGAAUAUCGUCGCUGGCGUCAAGCUCGUCGUUUCCGACAAAGCAAUAGCGCCGAGCAGCACAAUGCCAGCAAAUUCAUCAAAGACAAAUGCGCAAAACAAAACACGGUGAGAGAGAAAAUAUAAAUAUGAACUUCUUCUUCUUCUUUUCCUUUUGGCUUAUCCCGUCAUCUUUUCCCAUCCAAUCCUAUCUAUCUCGUGCAUCCUCCUCUCUAACACUGUCCACUGUCCUCGUGUCCUCCCUCACAACAUCCAUCAACCUUUUCUUUGGUCUUCCUCUCGUUCUCUCUUCCUUGACAGCUCCAUCCUUACCAUCCUCCUUCCAAUCUGCUCACUCUCUCGUCACUCUGGACACGUACAAAGCGUCGAAGUCUGCUCUCUCCUCUCCCCUCGACUCCAAAACCUCCAACGUUUGGCCGUCCCUCUAAUGAGCUCAUUUCUAGUCCGAUCCAACCUGCUCACUUCAAGCGAGAACCUCUUUAUACAUCUUCACUUCUGCUUCCUGUUGUCUCUUCAGGGCCACCGUCUCUAAUCUGUCCAUCAUGGCCGGCCUCACCACUGUUUUAUAAACUUUGCCCUUCAUCCUAGCGGAGACUCUUCUGUCACAUAGAACACCAGACACCCCGCUCUGACCCGUUUCUUCACUUCCUGACCGCGCUCUUCAUUGCUCUGUAUUGUUGAGCCCAAGUAUUUGAAGUCGUCCACCCUCGCCAUCUCUUCUCCCUGGAGCUUCACUCUUCCCCCACCUGCCCUCUCAUUCAUGCAGAUAUAUUCUGUUGGACUUCAACUAAUCUUCAUUCCUGUCCUUUCCAGUGCGUGCCUCCAUCUUUCUAAUCGUUCCUCCGCCUGCUCCCCGCUUUCACCGCAGAUCACGAUAUCAUCUGCGAACAUCACGAUGGUGCAAGGGGAUUCCAGUCUGACCUCGUCUGUCCGCCUAUCCAUUACUACCGCAAACAGGAAGGGGCUCAGGGCGGAUCCCUGAUGCAGUGCAGCCUCCACCUUAAAUUCUUCUGACACACCUACUGCUCAUCUCACCGCUGUUCUUCUGCCCUCAUACAUGUCCUGUACCAUUCUAACAUAUUUCUCCUCCACACCGGACUUGCUCAUGCAGUACCACAGUUCCUCUCUUGGUACUCUGUCAUGGGCUUUCUCUAGAUCCACAAAGACACAAUGUAGCUCCUUCUGACCUUCUCUGUACUUUCCCACGAGGAUCCUCAAGGCAUAUAAUGCAUCUGCGGUACUCUUUCUUGGUAUGAAACCAUACCGUUGCUCGCAGAUACUUACUUCUGACCUGAGUCCAGCCUCCACAUUGUGUGGCUCAUCGUCUUUGUUCCUCUGCAGUUUCCACAGUUCUGAACAUCGCCUUCGUUCUUAACAAUGGGGACUAGCACACUUUUCCCCCAUUCUUCUGGCAUCUUCUCAUCCCGCUAGUAUUCUAUUGAAUAAGUUGGUCAAAAACUCCACAGCCACCUCACCAAAUUGCUUCCAAUCCUCCAAUGGUAUGUCAUCGUGACCAGCUGCCUUUCCAUUUUUCAUUCUGUUCAGUGCCUUUCUCACUUCCUCCUUACUCCCGGUCAUAAUAUCAUAUGAACAUGACUUGAAAAUGAAAUCUUACAAUUUACCUCCCGCUGCACUAGGCACACCUACACGCUAUGAUAAGAGUUUUCAAAAUUCUGCCUUCUUUUUUGAUAUCCUGUCUGGGAUCUCAUGAUAUUGUUGGUGGCCAAUGAGCGUAAAUCCUUCAUUCGAGUUGUUUUGUUUUGCUUUAUUCCUCACGUAGAUGGUGGGAGCCUCUUCGAUGGAUCAUUUUUUCAUCAAUGCUGUUCAGUUUGGUGUCAACUCAUGUGGUUGCGUGGAGGUUAAAGGUCGCUCCUAAAGUACGGCAAAGCAAUCUCCCUCAACAAAACACCAAUAUUUAUGU